GUCGUUACUAUUUAUGAGAAGAAGCGUCGCCAUAGUAGGAUCUGCUGUUCAUUCAUAGAUGGCAACAAUGUAUGUAUCUGCUGCUUCGUGAAGAGGAGGAUGUGUGUCGUGACUGACGGUCAGUACUUAACAGAAGUUCAGGAACUCGAGUCGCAGUUUUCUUUCUGAAAUGAAGCUGAAGAAGAAACAAAACUCCUCUAAUGACUUACUAUGAGAAAGUUUGCGUCGCUUUUAAGGAAAGCUGUAUUUAUCAGAGAUGAUUACCACUGUGUUACCAACUGUGCCCUCCACGAGCUCACCAGUGGACCCGAGGACAAUCUACGUGGGUGCAUUCUGUUGCGUGGCAUUUUUUCUGAUGAUUGUGGUGUUGCUGUUUACUGUGUUUCGGAAGAUUCCUCCCUGCUGCAAAAAGAGGGUUUAUCAGGAAUCUCGUACUGACAUGGAAGCCCCACCGCAGUACUACAACAGCAGACAGACUCUCGUGGGUUCUUCUGAUAUGGAGCAAACGCGUGACACAGGUCAUGAUAAUAUGAGCGCACAGACAGGGUCUUUGUUCCUCAUCGGUGUGCCCAGCAGCUACUAUCUUUCCUCGCUGGAGCCUCCUCUUCCUCGUCUGCCCUCUUACGAGAGCGUACGCAAGAAAGACAGACAACGGCAGAUUCACAUGAUGAUAGCCGAUCGCUUCGGACUGAACGCAUCCGGUGAACCUGAGCCACCUCCGACGUACGAGGAGAGCAUUCGUCAGUCUGUCCAGUCCAUCGAUGUUCCCAUUGACAUCCUGGCACCUGACGAGCCCCCACACACUUCACCUCCAGAGUCCUGCACAGAUCUCCCUUCAUAUGAAGAGCACAUCACAGACUCACAAAAUCCCAGCGGCACUCUUAAUUAAAACACAACUCAUGGGAAUAUGUGGAAAUAAAACAUGAAAUCUACUGUGAGUGAAAACUGAGCUGCUGUGGGGUCGCCCUGAUGUCUCUGAACACUAAGACAAAUGUGGAUGUUUAUUUGCUGUGCUUGCACAAGACAGCAAAAGUAGGACAUGUUGUCUUACCUAUGCAAUAUCUUGCACUGCCUAGUGCACAAGCAGAAGAGACAGAUCACGAAAAGGGAAAGAGAAAAAGUAAGGCAUGUUGGAUUUGACUGUUAAAGGCAACAUGGUCCCAUUAUAAUGACUAAGAACAAGAAUAUAAAUAAAUAUUUGAUUUUUUUUAUCCAUUGAUCCAACAACACUCCAACCAUCUUUGAGCUGUGAUGCCAUUGAGUUCCCACACUUUAAAGACAAGAUCUGAGCAAAACCUGAAUUUGGAGUUUAUUAUACAUUUUGUAAUUAUAAAUUGUACGAUUUAACAUAUUUUUUAAAUAGAUAACUUUUACGGUCCUGGAAAUCUUAACAGGAACUUAUGUUGAAAAGUUUUUACAUUAUUUUGAGAAAUGUUUGAAUUCACGUCUGCACAAUAAGAUCAGGGCAUUCAAUGAUGUAAAAGGGUUCAGAUUUGAUUCAAUGUUGUGUUUUUUUUUUUUUGCAGAGAUGGCAGGUUCAUCUCACACCAAAGUAGCAAUCGUUGUACUGUUUGUCUUGCACAAAAAGGGAUUAGAAGCCAUUUGGGCAUU